UCUUGGGAACCCUCACCCAAUUCUGACAAGUAACUGGUCUGAAAAAAACUUAAAGAUUGCAAUCCUCCAGUCCUCUCCUCUCCUCGUGUAGCCAAAACGCCUUCGGAAAGCACGUACCUCUGGAAAAAGACCUGAUGCCAAGAGGCACCAAACACAGAUUUUGUAACACCCCAUUGUUUUGCUAAUUGCUGCUGGCUACAUUUGUGCCUCUUCUGCCUCACCUCUUGAUUAUUUUUAAACCAAAAGCCUGAAGUUCAACUCUUGUUAGAUUAAAUCUGUAACAGCAUCUGAGAACAGGACUCUUCUGAAGUGCAGCUUUACUUGCAGGCCAAAGAGAAGUGAAUGCAGUUAUUUACAGAGUUUAUUCUCCUCUAGUCAUACGCCGCUGUGAAAAUUAGAAUGUAGAUUGACCUCUUGGGAAGCCCGCAGUCUGCCCAAUUCCCGGAGCGCUGUCUCAGCAGCACACGCACCGCAGCUGCACCCCACAUGCCAGGCUCGCCGACAGUUCCCACGCGUUGCUCUGAGCCUUGUCCUCGGCGCAGCCCAAGCAAAGCUGGGACCCAGAUGCCACCCCUCACGACCCACUGGCCACGCUACCUGCCAGUUCAGGUAGUGUAUGAAAGUAACCUCAUAACACUAGCCGUGGAAACAAACUCAGUAGGUAAUGUAUCUGAGUCUAAAUGAAACCAGCCCAUCUCUGUUGCUACAGAAAAGGUGGGGUAUCAGGAAACAAAUUAUACAAUGUAACGAUGGUUUAAUGGUUACUGGUUACCACAAAUUGCGAUUUUUGCUAAAAACUGAUUCAACUACAAAGCCAACAGGUAACUUUCAUCAUGCUAAAUGGGACAAUUGGAAUCCUGUACUGAUGUAAAAGAAAAUACAUGUAGCGACAGUUUGUCAAAACGGCAACUAACUGAAAAGAAGCUGCUACGCAGAGACAAACUCAUGGGCAAGACCAAGGCUGCUGACCAGCCCGUACGUCGCGGGAUAAAUCGCACCGUGCAAACUUUGGGGUACGAGCUAGCGCGUGGGGCAGGGCACGGAGCCCGGUACAGAGCCGCCUCUGCAGAACGGGCCUCUGCCCCCUGUGCUGGCCGCCUCACCGGGGGCUGGCCGCGGGACCCAGCGCGUGCAGGCAGGGCCGGGCUCUGCCGAGGGAGCGUCACCGUCCUUAAUUCCUCAGGAUCUUUAAUUGCUGUUAUCACGUAUCCCUAUCGCUUAGGCCUCACCAACAAGCGCAGUAUGAAUUACCGCAAUUUAAAAUAAAUCAUCAGGGUCCGCACAGGUAGUAGCAUCUCAAUUUUAUGUUCGUAACAGACCCCACGGCCGGGCUCGCGCAGCCGCCCGACUCAGAUGCAAUAUUUAGCUCAUUAUCCAAUUAACCGGCGAGUAAGGCCGGCGGUUCCCGCCCCGCCCCGCCCCGCCCGGCGGCCCCGCGCAUGCGCAGAGCGGCGGCAGUCCCGGACGGCUACCGGGCCGGUGGCGGCGCUGGCGGCGGCGGCGGAGCGGCGGGGCGGCGGCGGGCGCGCGCGGGUGGGGCUGUGCGUGCUGGGGGGGCUGCCGGCCGCCGGCAAGUCCACGCUGGGCCGCGCCCUGCGCCGCCGCCUGCCGCAACGCCGGGGCUGGGCCUGCGCGCUGCUGGCCUACGACGAGCUGAUCCCGCCGGAGGCCUUCCGCCCGCGCGAGCCGGGGGCGGGGCCGCUGCCGCCCUGCUGGAAGCGGAGCCGACGCGAGCUGCUGCAGUGCCUGGAGCGCGUCCUGCGGGCGCUGCUCGGUGAGGACCCGCAGGCCGCCCCCGCCCCGCCGGCCGCCUGGCACCGCUUGCUGGCCUGCUGCCAGCGGCAGGGCCUGCUCUGCCCGCCGGAGGGACAGGCCGGACCUGGCCCUUGCUGGGCACCUCCAGGCACGUCUAGGCCGCUCUACCUCAUCUUGGAUGACAAUUUUUAUUACCAGAGCAUGAGAUAUGAGGUGUACCAGCUGGCUCGAAAAUAUUCCUUGAGCUUCUGCCAGUUAUUUUUAGAGUGUCCACUUGAAUGCUGCUUGCAGAGAAAUUGUCUAAGAAGCCGUCCAGUACCUGACCAGACAAUAUAUCUAAUGGCAAGAAAAAUAGAAAUGCCAGAUCCCAAGAAGAACGCUUGGGAACAGAACAGCCUCAUUCUGAAAAGUUUGGAUGGCGCUCCAGAGGAUGAUGAGCAGAUAAUUAGUUUGCUGGCCACUGCUUUGGAAAAUCCAGUGAAGCAAAAUGAGGAAGACACUGAGCAAAAGGAAGCAGAUCGAGCAAUCUGUGCAGCUAGUGCUGUCCAUCAGGCUGAUCAGACGUGCAGACGAAUCAUUUCUCAGGCAAUGAAGGAUGCAAAAGAUAAAAACAUACUCCCAAGUGAGAUGAAGAGCCUGGCAGAAGAGCUCAACAAACUCAAAGCAGAACUUCUGGAAGACUUGCGGCAAGGAAAUAACUUGAAAAAACAAAUUUGCAUACAAAAUCAAUAUUCAGACCCUGCUGCAAGUUUCAUCUCUGCAUUCCAACAUGGAGCAAGCAAUGUAGUUAAUAAAUAUAUUUUAAAAUAAUGACAUAGAGAAUGGUGGUGUUUUCUAAGAGCCCAGAGUGUUUAUUCCUUGAGCAGUACCACUGAAAGCAUCUAAGAGAUAAAGCCUUCUCCUUUGGAGGCUUGUGCCUUGUCUAACUCUUCCUCCCUUAUUAUGAAGAGAAACAGUCUAGCGUACUUUGAAUACCAAGCCAAAACCAAACCAUCCUUAGAUUUUAUUGAAAUUUCACAGAAUCACAGAAAAAGUUAGCCUGGGGGGAACACAUAGAAGUCACCUAGUCCUGUUUCCUGCUUACAGCGAGACUAACCCCGGUCUGGAUCAGCUUUCCCAGAGCCUCCUUCAGCUUAGGUUUAGAAGAGCACGUUGGAUGGUGACCUGCUGUGCUCUGUCAAUCGGCUACCUGAGCACCUCCAGAGAAUACAUGCCUGGGAAGGUAUAAAACCAAGAAGCGAGAUGGGAUGGCUCUAGGCUUCUCUGCUUAUUUCCCUGACAAACUGCAAAGAACCAGAAACUUGAGAACUGCAUGCAUGUAUGCACGCAUGUAGGAUUAACUCCGAUGUCAACUUAAAACGUGGUGCCUUCAGAGUUGCUCAUAACAACAUACACAGAAGUUCCAUAGGCAGCGACAACCACCUCACCACGAUAAAAACUGAUUUCAGACAUACAAACGCUCUUGAUAAAAAGGGGAUCCGAGUAUGAGGAAACAAAAAAUUUGGAAGAUGACCAAAUGUGCAAGAUUAACAGCAGAAAGGAAAAGAAGCACGUCCUAUGUCAGCAAUAAAAUGAAGCCUUUUCAAUUAGAGUAGACA